UGGACUGGGUCUCGCUAAAAUAAAAUUCCGGUCACGUGUAAUCAGCGCCAGUUUGUGUUCCAGCCUUGCCCAGAAAUAGGUUUAAAGUUAGACCAAUCAGAUAUUUGAAAUUAAGCCAAAUAUGUAGUUGGCGGCGACUUCUGGUGGCAACGCAGCAACGCAAUCAUUAUCCCACAACAUCAUUUGAAUGCGUGGACCUCUCGGAAGCCACUGGUGGCUAUAAACGCACGAGAGGCAGUCAUUCGAGCCCAGAUUAAGAUGCGCACAUAGUCGAAGUCCCUGGUUCCAUUGACGCUACGAAGACAACAAGAUGUCUGCAUUCACAGCAUUGAAUGUUGAACCCGACGAGAACCCCGAAGAUGACUUCGAUCACACGCGUGAAAUCCAACUAGAGGAGGCCCUGAAGCUCUACCAAAAUGCCCUGAAGCUGCACGCACAGGGUCCAACAUACUAUGAGCAGGCCGCCGAGGCCUAUGAUAAGCUAUUCAAAUCCGAUGUUUUCAAAUACCCCGAGAGUCUAUUAGACUUCACGCAGGAUAUACCCAGCGUCAACCUGGAGCCCGAGCCUGAGCCUGAAUCACCACUCGAAGUUGCGUUUGCGCCGACCUACGAUGAUGGACCCAGCACCCUACCGCAAAUUCUCUACCUCGCAUAUAAGAACCAUGGACAGUUUAUUAUGGACUGCCUCAAACACCAGAUGAAGAUUGCACCGGCUAUGCCACUAAGUGGUCUGGCACCGCAGGCACAGCAUGCCCUUGAACAGUUCACCCAAGCCCUGGCACGGGACGAAUCAGAUACCGAGCUUUGGCGGAGAGCUGCCCGUGUAGGCGAGCUGCUGGGAAGCAACACAAUUUCGAGAUAUUGCUUGGAAGCUGCCGUCGAAGUUGACGAUGAUCCUACGCUCGGCGAAGUAGACCCAGGGAACCCUGAAGAGGGAUUUGCGGGCAUACAGCUGAAAGAGCUGCUGGCCGUUUUGUCGGAUAAUAUGGCGCUGUCUCAUCCGGUUAUGGCUCCAUACGUGAGGAAACAUAUGCCCAUGAAGUUGAAGAAGUACCUGGACCCCUAUCCAUUUCUCAGCAAACUCCCAGCUAGGGAUGAUGACGACGCGGCCAGCGCUGCGACACUGGAAGGACCCGGUCUAGGGGAAGUUAAGACAUUCACUUGGAACUCGGUCGCAGAGGCUAUCGGCAGAAUAUUCGACGCAUAUAACGGCGAGAGAGGCUCAGCAUUGAAGCUUACAGGAGGCGAAUCCAUCACUCUGCAACUGCCGGAAGGCGAUAUAGAGAUGAUCGACCCCGAGGUGGAGACCCAGCAACUACCUGAUAUUGCGGUGACUUCAAGCGAGAUAACGCCCCCAGCCGCGGAUAACCGCCCAGGAGGACAAGAACUGCAAGAAACUACGCAAGACGGAAACGAGGUUAAAGCAGAGGAAGAAGAAUCACCACCACUCACUCGAAAGCGCUCACAAUCAACGGCAGGCCUCCCCGAAACCCCAGAAGAAGAGGCUGGCACGCAGAAGAGGAGCAAGAGGAUCCGCAACAGGGAUACUCUGGGCGGCGAGAGCGCUCUUCCGGCAGACCCUAAUAUCAGCCUCAAAUGUGCAUACGACGCAAUGUGUAGUGGAGAUCAAGAGAUGUUCUCGUACAUUGACGGCGUACUAGACAAACUUAAUGUCAAGGAACUUGGCAAGGCAUCCGAUAUCCAGGCUCUCGUGGAUCCCGACAGGCCAGAGGUUAAAAGCUCCGUUCAGAAUAUUGCAAUGCGUGACUUGCGAGAUCUUAUUCACAAGUGGGACUCUGCUCUCGCUGCAAAAUUUCAGUCGGGCAAUGGCUUGGACAUUAUGGGGACCGCUGCUGGCCUCCAGAAUAAUGGCCUUACCGCGUUUCUUGAACAUUCAAAGACCGAAUCAUUAAAAUCACAAACUCAAGCUGAGCCUACUAGUGCCGCUGGGAUCUCAACUUUCGCCAAGUUGGUAAAUGGGAAUUCGCUCACUAUCCAGGAGGUAGCAUACCAAUACUUUAAAGCAGUUUGCUCCAGUUAUAUAACCACGUUGUGGCCAAGUACCCUGAAGAACGAAAAUAUAAAGCUGAUGGAUACCAUGGAUUCGGUGUUAUAUUCGCAGCUGGACACAGAAUACCAGGAACUACAAUAUAAAGAUGUGGAGCUUGCGGACUGGGAACAGCUCAAAGAGUUUGCGCAGAUGAUGUUGGAGCUUCAUCUAGAUCAUUAUAUCAGCAUUGGCAGACCCCAGAAAGCCGACGAUGAUAGCGCGUGCCAGACAGCUAAGGGAAGGCUUGAUAAAUGGGCGAUGCUCACUUCAGACAUCAUGCAAGGCCAACCAAACGAUCCCGAUAGUGAAAUCGUGAUGAGAUACCUUUGGGCUUCAGUUUUACUAGCUAAUGCCACGGAGCAUGUUAGCCGAGAGCACAUGGUUCUUUGCUGGGCUGAUCUACAGAGUCUACUGCAAAAAUCCGAAACUGCAAAAAUCGAACUAUAUAACAAUGUCGCCAUGCCGGAGGUGUCUGCCGCAGCAGCAGAUCGUGAAAUCUCGAGGCUUACAACCAUGGACUUCUUCCUGAACCUCUUCAAAGACAACUCCGACCCUACGGCGAUCAUUGAGACACUCGAGCCUGUGAUCGAUGACCCAACCAAAAUUAGUGAAGACGAGGAAGGUGAUGCGGCGAAGGAACCCGCGCCUGAAGUUGUUAUGUCGCCAGCCACGCGAGAUAUGCGGAAAUUCCUCGAGAACGGCACCCCCUCUCUCCGCCUGUAUCUAUGGCAGCGGUUGAGGGAAGCUUAUCAAGAAAUAGAAUACCCCACGAGAGUCUUUUCUUGCCAUCUCAAAUGCAUCGAAAUCAUCGUCGAGUACCUUCAAUCCCCAACGUUCAGUCAAAUACCCCAAGAAGCUCGACACGCUGAGCUACUAGGCUGUAUCAAAACUAUAGACGAGUUGUUGGUUAAGGCUUUGACGCUGGCGCUCAACGAUCAGACUGCUUUUGAGAUUGUGGAUGAGUCGCACCUGGCGGCAUCAACCACCGCUAUUGCGAAUCUGUGCCGCAUUUUGCACACUGGCACUUUGAUGGAGGACCAAGUCACCGCCGGACUUGUGCCCGAUAAUACUACGGUCGUGUCGAAAGAAAAGGGGAAACCUAAUCAGACCUUAUUGAAGGCUUUCCUACUACGAUUAUCCGAAAUGGCAAUCCGAAGUUGGGCACUUCUCUACACGCUGGUGAGAGAGGGCGUCUCACAAAACAAGGGCCGCUUUACGGCACCAGACAAUGACUUAUCUACAUAUUUGGCGACGGUUCUUCACACCUUGGGUCUUCGAGUGCGCUGCGAGCGCUCAAACAAGAUUUUCCUCAAAAUGAUGAAGGUCGAGUUGAUCCGCAUGAAGUAUGUAGACAAGUGGGAAGAUUAUCUUGGCCAGGUCUUAUGGGACCUUUAUGGACUACGAUUUGGAGAAAAGAUUGGCGUUUUUGAGAUUAUGGACCACGGUUGUGAUCGCGAAAAAUUGGACAGGCGGACUGCCAUGUCCUUGGUUGAAUACGUUGUCCUGCUCGCCAACAGAAAGAGCAUGAGGGAUCUUCUACGCGAUGAGUUACGGAGCACCAUUGAAUCUAUGCAGCAAGUACUCGGGGCCGCGAAGACAAACGCACAAACGAGCCACAACUUGCGUAAUAUAACAGAGUACUUGAAGUUAUCCGUGAGCCCCUUACGCCUGAACAAGGCCUUGAAGGGGAUGGAGUAUAUAGAUACUCUUCCGGUCAACACUACGGAAUCAGGACUGGCCGAGAAGGGCUGGUACUUCCUGCUGGGAAUGAUAUCUCUUUCUAAGUUUCGUGCACAGAAACGUACUCAGGCUGGCGCUACCGAUGAUUUAAAAGUGGCAGCAAGCUUCUUCCGCCUACAACUUCAGUUUACGGCCGAGCACUGGGAGACCUGGUAUCGCUUAGCCCAAUGCUUUGAUUCGGAACUAGAGGAAGAUGUGAUGUGGUCGACGGACAAACUGAAUAGUGACCAAGCUCCAUUGAUUUCUGAGCAACGUUCAGCUAUACACUGUUACACCAUGGCAGUCUCAACGGCGAUGCGCACAGCCAACCCGUCGUUCGAGACAGCGGAAAAUAUGUCAGAUGUAUUCCAAGACUUUGGCCUUCGUAUAUACUCGUCGUCGCGAGAUCCGUUCCGCAUGGAAGCUUUUUAUAUGGAUGAUUUCGAACGCCACAUGAGUGGUCCAUCAGGGAUGUACAAGAAAAACGUCCAUGAGGAGUUGACUCGCUACAAGGCCUGGCGUUUUGCUGCCGAACUUUUUAAGCGCGCUAUUGCCAAGAAACCCAAUAAUUGGAUGAGCCAUUAUAUGCUCGGCAAAUGCUAUUGGAAAAUGUUCACACGCGUUGAAGAUGAGCCGGAUGCCAGGGCUAGGGCAGGAAGGCCUACAGUUGCGGCUCUUGUUCAAGUACUUGAAAGGGCUAUCGAGACUGUCCCCAAGCCUCGUGACAGCCGUUCUGACCCAACGCUUGAGCCGCACUAUAAGAUAGUGACUGUGAUGCACAAGCUCGUCCAGUUUCGUCAGAUUGACGCACAGGAAGCAGCCAAUAUCCUUCAGCGACAGCACUAUCCGAUCAAAAAAGGCGAACAAGUGGUCAUCACUGAUGAUGCUUCGUGGGAAGCCUAUAUCGUCGAAUGUGUCCGCCAUCUACGCAAUCUUGACCGAUCCAAUUGGCAGCAUCGCUUCAUCGCCCGCUCUGCGCACCUUAUCUACGACAACAACGAACAGGGCAACGCUGUCAUAUUAGCUACCCGUGCUGAACUAAGCAUGAGUAUCUUUACCAAGACCAUGGUCGUCAACGUCUGGAAGCCGGAAAACGAGCGGCCGGGCCGCCACUGCGUCUACAUGUCCAAAUAUGUUCUGUGGAUGGUGCAUUUGCUGGCGCAGCUCGACGACAGGGCCAGCAUGGAGAUGUUGACGAAGCGCGUGAGGAAGAAACAGAUGGAGUACUAUCACUUUAAUGAGGUGUGGACUGCGUGCUGUCUGGCAUACUGCAAACUCAUCCGCCGAGCUGGCAAAAUCGAUCUCAACCAGGACGAGCUCGUGCGGUCUCUGCCACCGGAGGACUUUGAGGAGAUGGCAACGGACUUGGAGCUUUGGGUCGACAACCUGCAUACGCCGCAUGCCUCCUUUGACCACCUAAGGGAGUCGCUAGACUUAAAGAAGUUAAACGGCAACCUCAUGAAGGCAAUGCCCAUUGAUGACCUCAUCGUCGACAUCUACUCCUCGCUAAUUUGGGAAGUCGGCCGCCACCUAACCAAGGAGCGACGAGUCCGCGAAGCGGCAGAGGCGGCGGCGCGACCACCUGUAGUUGAAGCACCGCAGCGACAAGAUCCGAUGAGCAUGAACAACUUAAUCAAUAAUACCGACAGCUCUGUCACGCCGAUGCAAGGUGUCAUAGAGUCUGCGCCGAAGCCAAAACCUAAACCCCCUGGGCGCAGGGAGAUUCUGAGGAGGGCGGAGGUACUCGCCAAUCGCGGACAUGAGGUGAAGGAGAAAGAAAAGGAAAAAGAGAAGGAGAAACCGGCGGGUAAGGCUGAGUCGCACAGGCUAUCGGAUCUACAGAACCUACUGAGGAGGAGGAGUAGGGAUAAGCCGUCUAGAUCCGCCGAGAAGGAUGAGGGAAGCAACCAGGGUCACCAGGAGGACCAUGACGAUGAUGAUUGUGAGGGGGGUGACGCUGAUGGCGAGGGAGGGAGCAAGGGUAAUGGUGACGAAGACGCACAUAGUAGUCCGCCUGGUAGCGUGCAUGAUAGCGCGGACGACGAGAGCGACCUUAGCGACGCGCCUGGGCCAGUUGAGAGGAUGCCACAGCCGUCGAUUAAUGGCUGGCACAGCGAGGCGCAGGAUGCGGGUAGGGAAGCGCGAGGGGGAUAGGAUGAUGGUCCUUGUUUUGAUACAGGGAUUAUGAUAUUUUACGGGCUUGCUUGAACUUAGCUAGAGUAUAGGGAAGCAUGAUUUCACUUUCGGGGAAUGGGGAAUGGGAGGAGGGGAAGGGAAGAUCUGUGAUCUCUAUACUAGUACCAGGCAUUAGGAAGGCAGAUAUAGAUAAUAUGUUGAUCCCUUUAGCUAUAGUUAGCAAGCAAGUGAGUAUAGUAUGUAGGCCCAUUAGCAAUUGGCUCUAACAAUCCCAUCAUACCUCGGUUAGAACUGCUAUACUAGACGACUGUCACGCUAAAAGCUUGUUAACGUACGGAUCUAACUACCGAUGCGUCGUAGAUAUAGAGCUUUAGCCUAUGCGGUGCUAGGGGCCCUGUCCGCCAUCAACCCCUAUAAGUCCCUACUACUACAACUACUAAAGCCACUACUACUACUAAAGCUACUAUAACUGCCACUACUACUGCUAAAGCUACAAUAUUAGCCUAUUUAGAGAUAAGGAGGAGGCACUAUAGGACGUAGGAGGCACAAGCUAGAUACAAAGUGAGAUGUUUUAACAUCUAUAAGCUAGUACUACAAAUCCUAUUGUCUAACGUACAUGUAUAGCGAAAGCGCCAAACAAGCG